AUGCUCUCCCACGCGAAUAGGGGCCGAGGAAUGUUGGCGGCGGCUACGAUGAGUGGGAAGUACGGUGGCCGAAUAUGGGCGUUCUCGGUGUUACUGGUGAUAUUGGUUCUUCAUACCGUGGCCAUUCUAUUGUUCACAAGAGGUUUCCUACUUACUCGGACGGAGCUUCCCCAUUACAGUCAGAGUUCAGAUGUUUUCCAAUCUCCUUGCAUCCAUCCUCCCUCCUCCUCCUCCGCCGCCCAAGUAGAAGAACAAGAGCAAGAAAAUCCUUUUCACCCUCGAUCCAAUCAUAGUCCGAAUCUCAAUCACACCAAUCCAAAUUUGGGUUAUUGGACCGAACCGAUUGUUGAUCGCCUCGUAAUCAUUGUUCUUGAUGCUCUAAGGUUCGAUUUUGUUGCACCCAGUACCUUUUUUGAAGCAAAAAAACCAUGGAUGGACAGGUUAACUGUGCUACAUGAAUUGGCAUCUAGAUCAGGAUCAUCAGCUAAGAUUUUCAAAGCUGUUGCUGAUCCACCUACGACCAGUUUGCAACGUUUGAAGGGGUUGACAACUGGUGGACUUCCUACUUUUAUUGACGUAGGGAAUAGCUUUGGUGCUCCAGCAAUUAUUGAGGAUAACAUAGUUUAUCAGUUGGUUCAAAAUGGAAAGCGAGUAGUGAUGAUGGGGGAUGAUACGUGGUUGCAAUUGUUUCCUCAUCACUUUAAUAGUUGUUAUCCCUUUCCCUCCUUUAACGUUAAAGAUCUUCAUACGGUAGAUGAUGGAUGCAUCAAGCAUUUGCUCCCUUCCUUGUACGAAGAAGAUUGGGAUGUUCUUAUUGCUCAUUUUCUUGGUGUGGAUCAUGCUGGGCAUGUAUUUGGUGUCGAUUCAACUCCCAUGGUAGAAAAGUUGGAGCAAUACAAUGGGAUUUUGGAGAAAGUUGUUGAAGUGCUGGAGAGCCAGAGUGGACCAGGUGGCUUACAUCAUAAUACUUUACUUCUUGUAAUGGGCGAUCAUGGGCAAACUAUAAAUGGUGACCAUGGUGGUGGAAAUGCUGAAGAGGUUGAAACAUCAAUUUUUGCACUUAGUAUGAAGCCUCCGUCUUCUGUACCACUGGAGCUUGAUACUUCAUCUUGCCAACUAGACCUGGAUGGAAGGAAGAUGUGCAUUAGCUAUAUCCAGCAGCUUGAUUUCGCAGUCACGGUCUCUGCAUUGUUAGGUCUUCCCUUUCCUUUUGGAAGAAUUUCACUUUUUGCAGCAACACUUGUGUGCUUGACUUUUUUUUUCAGCAUUGGGAGUGUUAAUCCUGAAUUGUACGCAUUAGCCGGUGAAACAUGGAAUCUGGAGAGCUCUAACGUGGGUGAUUUCCAAAAUCAAUCUGGUUUGGAGAAAUGGAUGCAAAAUUAUGUCAAUGUUCUCUGCAUCAAUUCUUGGCAGGUGAAGAAAUACAUUGAUGUAUAUUCAGCUUCAUCAGUGAUUGGAUUUUCAAUUGAAGAUCUGUUGCAUGUAUCAGAUGUGUAUGCUCAGGCACAGGAGAAUUGGUCACAUACUGUGAAGGAUGUAGUACUUUGUAAAACCGAAAGCUGUCACCCAUCCUUAGCUGCUCUUCAGAGGCAAAUUGAUGCAUAUUUGAAUUUCUUGGCAAGUGUUGCAGAACUAGCACGCUCAAAAUGGACCGAGUUUAAUUUAAAGACAAUGGGCAUUGGUUUCUGUAUGAUGUUGAGUUCAAUUAUCAUCCAGUUCCUUAUGAUGAAGAGGGUGGACCAGCUAUGUGCAUUCUAUUUUCCUUCCCAGGGCAAUUCUAUGAUUUCCUUUGGGACGAUCUUCGCUCAUAUUGCAGUGCUGAUACGCGCAUGUAGCGUCCUUUCAAAUAGUUAUAUUUUGGAAGAAGGAAAAGUGGCCAUUUUUCUUUUGGCCACAACUGGGAUGCUCUGCUUGCGUUAUUCGAUAAUGACAAAGAAGAUGUUAUUGGAAGCAUUGGCACUUGUUCUGUUGAUUCCUAUCCUCAGACUUACUAUUGAACUUGGGCAAUUAAAGCAGACGGUCAUCUCUGUGUUCUUGAAGAUACAUCCCUCAUGGAUGCAAGGAAUUGCUGAGGACUCGCCUGUUGCGAUGUAUAUAGCUGCAAUUGCGCCAAUGCUGGCUCUGGUCCUGUUGGCAUACAUACUCUACCAGAGCAUUGCUCAUAGAUCCUGUCAGGGGAUUUUUAAAUAUGUUAUUACAGGGACUGUAUUUAGUUACGCACUCAUAGCAUUGUACUGGGCCUUAGAAAGUAAACUACUCAGUCUACCGAUGGUUUAUGAAGGUAUCAGAAAAAAUGUUAUCCCUCGAAUUAUCUAUGCUGUUGGUUUUUUACAGCUAUCGUCACUAGCUGCAGCUCAACUUUUUAAUGGAAAGAAAACAUCCAACUGGGAAGAAAACAUAGUAAUCAAGACGGUGGCAAUGUUGUCUGCAUGGAGUUCAACAGUCAUCAUUCUCUCUGGAAAACAAGGGGCCUUGAUUGCUGUAGCAUCUGUAAUUGGAGGUUGGUGUAUAUUGAGGUUGAAGAAUUUGGAACACCAUGCCAAGAAUGGGAAUGCUGGACUUUCAAACUUCUACUCUUCACCUGUAGCACAAUGGAGCCUUUUAGCUGUGUGUUUGUUUUUCUGCACUGGACACUGGUGUGCUUUUGAUGGUCUUCGAUAUGCUGCUGCAUUUAUUGGGUUUGAUGAAUUCAACCUUAUUCGCCAGGCUGCCCUCCUUAGUAUUGAAACAUUUGGUUUUUCCCACAUCCUUCCUAUUUUGGGGCUUCCAUUUCUUGUUGCAUGCCAAUAUUCAUGUGGGCAGGCUGAGAACAGAAAAAAACUCAUCUUAAUGCACUUAUUUAUAGUUUAUUUGAUCUUUGGAUUCAUCAUGGCCACAACAGUUACGUUCACGAUUCUGUGUGUCACAAUUCAAAGGCGGCAUUUGAUGGUAUGGGGAUUAUUUGCUCCAAAAUUUGUUUUUGACGUGGUGGGCCUUAUUUUAACCGACACCAUUAUUUGUCUGGCAUCACUCUACUAUUUUGAGUAAAUAUAGUUGAUACCCUUCAGGAUCGUAUGAUUUCAACACUCUAGAAAGACACAGAAGAUUUUGAUCGUUCUCAGCAAUUUGUUCUGCCAUAGCCAAUAACAAAGGAACUCACAAUUAAUUUAAUAGUUACAUCAUUAAGUCCUUAAAUUAGGUCCCUAUAGCAUUACUCUAACAAAUAAUAUUAUUUGUUUUGCAUUAUUCAUUGUUGUAUGAACA